CGUUCGUAUAACAAUCAGCCAAUCACAGCGGCGGAGGCGGACCUUGCCCUCAGCCUCCUCGAGAUGCUGCUGCUCUGUGAAGACACGCGCUACUUCACCAGACGAAGUAAAGAGUAACGAUAACCUAAUAACUCUAUACGAGUAACUAGGACCACUCUUUUCGCUCACCUCCGGCACUGACUGGAUGCUCAUCCCCCAACACACACCCCCGGCCCACUUGUUCAGGUGACACCACCAGACAGCCCGACCCCUCCCCCCGGAGAUGUAUCAGUGUGUGGAUGACAGAAGAGCCGGAGGACCGAAGCGAGCGGUGAGUGUACCCGCUGUUUGACCGAGUAACGACGACACGGAGCGGCUCCAUCUUUUACUCUCUGCUGCGAGCGGAAGUGCCUCAGCGUCACCGUAACAACGACGACGGGGAGAGAAGCGACCAUCAGUCCCGAACACCGCGGUUUAUCCUCAGACGCAGCUUUGAUCCCCGGUGACGGCCGCACCUGGAGGCGAUGACGGAGUCGGUAGUGGACAGCAAGGCGGAGGUGAAACAAGCCACCAAAUAUGUCAAGGAGACCGAGAACGUGGCGGAGAAAUACUCCGCGUUGACAGUGAGCAAGAACAGCAGCGAUGUGAACAUGAACGUCGGGGAGAUGCCGUCAGCCGCGUUCACCGCAGUGCCCACUCUGAAAUCAGUCAAGAAGAUCCAGUUUGCAAACACAGAGGACAAACAGGAAUUCAGUAAGUACCCCACCAAGGCCGGCCGGCGCUCCCUCUCCCGGUCCAUCUCCCAGUCCUCCACAGACAGCUACAGCUCAGCUGCGUCCUACACCGACAGCUCCGAUGAUGAAACCUCCCCCCGGGACAAAGCCCAGGUCAACACCCACGGCAGCAGCGACUUCUGUGUGAAGAACAUCAAGCAGGCUGAGUUUGGCCGCAGAGAAAUAGAGAUCGCAGAACAAGACAUGUCUGCCCUGAUCUCCUUGAGGAAGAGAGCCCAGGGGGAGAAGCCACUGGCUGGGGCGAAGAUAGUAGGCUGCACCCAUAUCACUGCUCAGACAGCAGUCCUGAUUGAAACCCUGGUCGCCCUCGGGGCCCAGUGUCGCUGGACCGCCUGUAACAUCUACUCCACUCAGAAUGAGGUGGCUGCUGCUCUCGCUGAAACAGGAGUAUCUGUGUUUGCAUGGAAGGGUGAGUCAGAGGAUGACUUCUGGUGGUGCAUCGAUCGCUGUGUCAACACGGAGGGCUGGCAGGCCAAUAUGAUCCUGGACGAUGGCGGAGAUUUAACCCACUGGGUGUACAAGAAGUAUCCCAGUGUCUUCAAGAAAGUCCGGGGCAUCGUAGAGGAGAGUGUCACUGGGGUGCACAGAUUGUACCAGUUGUCCAAGGCUGGCAAGUUGUGUGUCCCUGCCAUGAACGUGAACGACUCAGUCACCAAGCAGAAAUUUGACAACCUUUACUGCUGCCGGGAAUCUAUCCUGGACGGCUUGAAGAGAACCACAGAUAUCAUGUUUGGAGGCAAACAGGUCGUGGUGUGUGGUUAUGGAGAGGUGGGGAAAGGCUGCUGCACUGCUCUCAAAGCCCUUGGAGCUAUUGUGUGCAUCACUGAGAUUGACCCCAUCUGUGCCCUGCAGGCAUGCAUGGACGGUUUCAGAGUGGUCAAGCUGAGCGAAGUCAUUCGACAGAUGGACGUGGUGAUAACUUGCACUGGCAACAAGAAUGUGGUCACCAGAGAACAGCUGGACCGAAUGAAGAACGGCUGCAUUGUCUGCAACAUGGGACAUUCCAAUACUGAGAUCGAUGUGGCGAGUCUGCGCAGCCCCGAGCUGACCUGGGAGAGGGUUCGCUCUCAGGUGGAUCACAUCAUCUGGCCAGAUGGAAAGAGGGUGGUCCUUCUGGCAGAGGGUCGCCUUUUAAAUCUGAGCUGCUCCACUGUGCCUACGUUUGUGUUGUCCAUCACUGCUACAACUCAGGCUCUGGCCCUGAUUGAGUUAUUCAACGCUCCAGAGGGACGUUACAAACAGGAUGUGUAUCUCUUGCCAAAGAAAAUGGAUGAGUAUGUGGCGAGUUUGCACUUACCAAACUUUGACGCCCACCUAACGGAGCUGUCUGACGAGCAGGCCAAGUACAUGGGCCUCAACAAGAACGGCCCCUUCAAACCAAACUAUUACAGGUAUUAAUGAAAGUGUCCGAUGGUACGAUCCUCAAAACACAGUUGCCCUGGGAUAAACAGAGAUAUCUAUUUUAUUUUCUAAAUUGCUACAAAAACGGAGGAAUUAUUUUACUUAUUCUGAAUGUAACUUAUUAAUAGCACUUCAGACAUAGCAUUAAAUAUGAAGAGUAACUUAUGUAGGAAACAUAAUAUAUAUAUAACCAACUAACAUUUUACAUGACUUGUCACGUGUGUGAAAAAAAACAAGCCUGCUUGCAUGCUUUCAUGUGUAUGUACUUAGUGGCUACUGCCUAUGUUACUAGAUCACAGAGUUGUUGAUUUGUUCAGUAAUGCUAUUAACGAACAGUGCCAAAUCAGGGCCGUAAGAAUGGAACAUGACAUUUAUGUUUGUCUGUCAAUGGCAUUAAAGUUUUAUCAGUACAUUCAAGGGGCCAGAGUUUAGGCUGGGCCACAACUAACUCUGUAUUACACUGUACAUUCUUUAAGAAAUGUUUUGUUUUAAUGUGUUUUAAAUGAUCUCAUUGGAUGGUAUCUGCAUACCUGCUCUAAAAAGUAAUAUCCAGACAUUCCUUUUAUUAAAGCAAAGCGCAUUGAUGAGUCACAGUAUAACGUGUUAUGUAAACAACACAAUCCAGUGAUGUUUAUUCUAAGAAACUACAUAGCCUGUGAAUGGCUGGAGUCCAGUUUAAAGUCAUGACUCAUGCUGUUGACAUUUGAUGAUCCUGUUAGAAUAAUCUAGUAACACCCAGAGGUUUUCUUGUGCUAAAAACAGAUUAUAUGACAGAAGACGUUGAGGAGAAGGUGGCCAGUGAAACAUUUUCUAUAACUUUCCUCAUUUCCUACCGAGCUUUCGUUUGCUCCUUUAAAUCCCAGCAGAGUGGUGUCUCGCUGAAGAGUGUUUCUACUGGAUAAUACCUUUUAGGCCAUGAUAGGAAUGUGCCUUUUUAAAUCAGUCACAGCAAUUCAAUUUCCAAAAUGACCUUCAAUAAAUUAACAUUCCUUGCUAACAUUUACCCACCAGUGCUACAUUAAAUGUCUUCUUUCCUCUGCUUCUGCUGUUAAGUGUAACUCUACUGUAAUAAAUAUUAUCUUUAUGUUUGCCA